GAUACCAUCAUGGCGGGCGUUCCUAAAGCUCUAGGUUGCGACGCUUGUCGUAAGCAAAAGAAAAAGUGCGAUCAGGCUAAACCGGCUUGUGCAAGAUGCACACGUCUCAAGCUCAAAUGCACAGGAAGUGGUGUAAAGCGCUUCGUGUUCAAAUCUGAGAAUAGCCAAGCUGCUAAGAAACACAUAAAAACUGUGGCUGGACCAUCUUCGGCGCUGAGUAAUGAUAAGACGCUGGUGGCGGGUAACUUGGUACACAUCCUUGAGUUUGAUAACCCCGGCUAUGAUGUCUCGACAUAUGGCUGGUUCGUCAAAGACUUGCCUCGUCACAUUGGAUCGAGUAAACCGCUCGAUGCAGCUAUCACUGCCUUCGUAACGGGGUUUGGAUCGUUGAAGGAUAAGAGGCUUCCAAAGGUUGAGGCGUUGGACAAGUAUGUGUUUGCGCUGAAAUCGUUACGGGAGUCGAUGCAGGAUCCUGCUCAGGCGUUUUCGGCGGAUAACAUGUGCUCAAUCUACUUAAUCUCGAUCUGCCAGGAAUGGCUUGGGAGUGGUGGUGCUAGUGCUGGUAAUGUUAACUCGAAGCACCAUGAAGUGCUUGCAUACUUGCUUCAGAACGCUAUUCUCAAGUCUCAAUUUGAUCCCUCCGACAAACCGUUCAUGCAGACGAUAUUCUCCAUUGUGGUUCUUGAGAGUUUCACCAAUCCCAACAUCCAACUGGGCCCAUGGUUCUGGCAAGCUCUCUCAGUCCUAGGUGAUGCUGCACGGCCCCUCAAAUCAGGAGACGGAACAUCCUUUGCAAGUUUGAAUAUUGGGACCAUGGGCGAAAUGUCCUGCUUCAUCCGCGAUCCUGAUCGAUACCUCUACCAGAUCCAGUGUGCCUAUGCUCUUAUACAGACAGAACAUCCGAGACUUAUCAGAGCAGCUGAGGAAGCAGUUGCUAAAGCCAAAGCGUCUGGCUCGACAUUUCUUCAGAGGAGAAUGGGGAUGCGUUUCCAUACAGCGAAUGCGGCGAUGCUUACAAUGGCUGCUAUUCUGAAUCGCAUUUUACGCUCUUACGAUGGCGACCCUGCUUUAUUAGCAGAUGCUAAGCGCUACGUCGACGAUAGUAUCGUACUAGGUCAAGACGCUAGUUAUAAUCGACCUAUUGCAGCGGCUGCGGUGGCUUCACCUCUCACGUUGUCAUUGGCUGCUCUGGGAGAUUAUAGACGAGAAGAAGUUGAAAAGCUGCUGGUGGAGUAUCAGACUGAUUUUCCGGGGUUGAAUUACUUUGCUGAUAUCCUGAUGGUCAGGAAGGGCUUUGAGGAUAUUGACAAGAAUAAUCAGAGGAAAGUAAGGGUGCUACCAUCAAGUGAAGGAGAUUUUGGUAAUGAGUUAGAUGUUGUAGAUAUAGAGCUCGAGGUAGGACCCGGGUGUAUCAUACUGUAACGCAAAGUUUCGAGAUUACAACUCCAAGAAUGAAACAAUAG